AUGGAACAAGGAUCCCCGGAUGAUGCAAAUCUUUUCGUGGGAGCUCUUCCGUGCAAGCCAUCUCAUUUCUACGGAAGAGAAGAAAUGCUGAAGGAAAUUGUCAGAGUUCUCAGUGAAUGGAACGGCAAGCGACUGGUAGUCAUAACCGGUUUACCAGGUUAUGGUAAAUCCUGUUUGGCGCAAAGAAUCGGUCAUACAAUGAAGGAGAAUGGUUUCCAAGUUAUCUUCCUAUGCUUACGAGACAUCCGAUCUGUCGGUAAAAUGUCCGCCAAGAUUCUAUGCGCUUUAAAAGCAAAUGUUGGUCAAGGACUGAUGAAUAAUCCGCGUGAGCUGGCACUGUCGUACUUAAAAUCUCUCAGCACAAGGACAACUCUUAUUCUUGACAACGCUGAAGACCUCAUUUGUGACGAAAACUCAAAGAAGGAGUUUUAUAGUUUUGUGAACCAAGUCGCUCAGUUUGCAGUUCACGUGAAAUGUGUCAUUACCUCAAGAGUGGAUUGUCCUGCUUCUUGUCAAACCCCGCGCCACUCGGUAAAACUACUCGUCAUCGAAAACGAUGCCGCAGCGAAAUUGCUUGAAGAGAAGGUUAAAGACAUUGGCCGUUUUCUUGAAAACCAGCAGGCUAAGACUAUAGCACAACUCUGCUUUAACAUUCCCCUAAUCUUGCACGCAGCCGCUGCCUACAUGGAAGUCAUUCCCCCAGAGACACUGAUUCAAAGUUUGCAAAGUCAUUUUGGAGCCAUAGAAAUUUCAAGCAUGGGGGAACUGUUCCCAGAGCUGCAAAUGAGGGGCUUUCUCACUGAAUGCUUACAACAGCUUGGCACCGAUUUCGAGGAAGACUUGUAUUCCUUGGCAGUAUUCCCGGCUGCAUUCAGCUACCAACAAGCACAGAGAGUAUGCUGUUCAAAAAAAAGGCUUCCUACCGCUCUGUUUCAAUUGGUGAAGAGGUCUCUUGUCCACAGAGAGUUACAUUCUAACCACUUCUUCGUCCAUCAAGUGAUUCAACUGUGCUGCAAAGAAAAGGCCAAGACAGACGAUCGAUUGCGCGCGUAUUACAGUCGGGCGCAAGCAAGAUUUAUUGAGUACUACCUAAACUUAAUUACCGAGUUACACCAGGAAUUCUUGUGCAAAGGUAACUUAGAGAAAUCGCUCUGUCGUUUCUGGGCAGAGGAGCAAAACAUUGUUCAAGCAAUUUGUUGGGCGGCAGCGAGGGAGGGAACUACACCCCCUGCUCGUUGUGCAAAGAUCCUAAACGAAGCAGUCAUCUUCCUGGCCAAAGUAAUGAAGAAUGCUCAAUUUGAAGAAAUCUACGAAGUCGUUUUAAGCGCGACCAAAGGAGACUUACGACUUGUGGCUGAUUGCCUGACGUGUGUUGGUAUAAAACACAUCUACAGUUGUGAAUGUCAUCGGUCUUGCAGUGUUGUAACAGAGAGAGCCUACAGAGUCUUGACAAGAGCGCUAGAAAUCUACGAAAAGCUUAACCUGACAGAGGGAGAGCUUGUUGCACAGUGUUACAGCAAGAUCGGACGCUGCAUGGCCAAGAAUGGAAAUCCUUCCAGAGCUCUCGAACUGAGCGCAAAAGCUCUCGCAAUUAGAGAACAGAGGAGACCGGAUGAGCCAUUGAAGUAUGCAGCUUGUUGCAACGACCUGGCAGUUGUUCAAAGCUGCUUAAACAACCACCUUGAAGCCCUAGCUCUCAGGGAACAAGCCCUUAGUGCUUAUGUUGAAGAACUAGGGGAUCAUCCAUUUACCGGAACGCUCUACAACUAUCUAGGCAACGAUUGCCUUGCACUAGAGAACUUCGAUAAGGCCGUCGAAUAUUUCACCAAGGCGCUCAGUAUCAGGAAGAUAUUUCUUGGCUUUGACCACCAAGAGACUGCCCGAACGUAUCACGACUUGGGUCUUACUUACAAGAGGAAGGGAGAUUAUGCGAAAGCCAUGGAACAACUGGACAAGGCAGUCACGAUCCAAGAAAAACUCUGCGAUGUACCCCAUGAGAAACUCAAAUCUCUUCAAGAGAAGAGGGAGAUCUACUCAUGCCUGAAUUUAACCGACUCAAGUGCUCAGGAGCUACAAAAGAAGUUGGAACAGUGUCAGGAGGAGAUGACUCGAGAGAAAAAGGUCAAUAACAUUAGAUUGGAGAGAAUUAUGGACAUGGCAAACAACUAGCUGAAAAGUUAGCAGUGUUACUUCAAUAUGAUGUAACUGAUUCUUAACAUGACUGACUCCACCGACUGAACGAACAUAUUACUUCAGACACGUCUGUUAGUAAAAUAAGGUAACGUGGAAAAAUACAAUCAAUUGUAACUGGCCAUGCCAGAGAGGUGGGGCGAAUCUGUUACUUUGAGUACCACUGUCAACAAAAUAAGUGUAACCAGAAAAAAACGAAAAACAAAAAACUGAAACCUCAGUAUCGUUAACCAUUUUUUAAGUUGAUUACUCGUUUACAUUAAACGGUAUUUAAAGGCAUUUUACUGAUUACCUGGGAUUAGCACCAAACACGUUACAUUUAUAGGCAUGAAGAAAUCCGUGUGAUAUCUGUUCAUGAAUAAAAAUGUGUUAACUGAG